AUGAAUACGCACGCGGCCGCUGUUACGGUUGGGUCGGUGCUGUUUCAAUGCGCCGAGUCACGUGUGUAUGAAUGCGAUUUCUACAGUCACCCUGCCGUAUGCAAAUAUCGGCUUCCAAAGCCUUACAGGCACCCUACAUUGGAUAAAAGGCUUCGUGAGCAGCGCUCUGUGCGUGAGGCAAGGGCAUUGGUGAGAUGUCAAAAGCAAGGGAUCGCGGUGCCAGCGGUGUAUGCCAUCGACCGUGAGAGUUGCGCCAUCGUAAUGGAACGAAUUAUUGGGAUGAGUGUACGGGACGUGCUUAAUGAGGCGCAGCGGCCGUUGGAGGGCGCAGUGUCACCGGUGGCCGCCCGCCUGUUGGAAGGGAUGGGUGAAGUGGUGGGGCUUCUGCACAAUGCUCAUAUAAUCCACGGGGAUCUUACAACCUCAAACUUCAUGUACCGAACAGCAACUGUGGCGGAGGGGAAGGCUGAUAGUGCAGCAUGUGGAGCCGCUCCACGUGAUCGUCUCGUCGUGUUGGACUUUGGUUUAGUGAUGGACAAAAAUAGUGCGGAAGAGCGUGCAGUCGACUUGUAUGUUCUUGAGCGGGCCAUUAAAUCGUCGCACCCGUCGCUCGAAGGCGUGGCUUCAGCGUUUAUCUUAAACGGCUACCGUCGUACUGCAGAUCCACAUCAAGUGGAAGCGACUAUCACACGUCUUGGGGCUGUGCGGGCGCGUGGUCGCAAGCGUAGUAUGGUGGGAUAG